AUGAAGCUGAGUCGAUCUAUUUCAGCAUCUAUGGGAAUUACAAAGAGCGCAGGUCAUGGAAGAUUGCCUUUUUUUCGCUUGCGUCAGCAGCCCUUUUCGUUUUCAGCGCCACAUCUCUUUCCAUUGGGAACCGCCCUCUUUUAUUCGUGCCGCACAAUCGCCGAGUAUCCUACCCCUACACGUCGCAUCAUUAAUAAGACGUCUAAGAAAGCUUAUAACUACCUCACCGGAGAGCGCCUUAUUCCGGUAAAACGGGUCAAAUUUACCAAGAAGUUUCUUCGCACACACGACGACAAAAGCUUUGCGAUUCGAAAGAACUACAAGCAUAAACUUCUGCAGGAUAUUGAUACUAAAAUUCACUAUUUAAAACCAGAGAUCAAGGAGAAUAUCUUUUUCCCCCCUAUUCGAAAUCGAGUGGACGGUAAGCGCUUGUUUCGCGGGAACCGUUCUUUCACACCGUGCAUCUUUAUGCGAAUAUGUUAUGAUGUGAUGAAAAUGAUAACCAGCGGCGCCCAUCGCGAGGAGUUAAUUAAACUAAUGCAAGAGGCGGGGAUAUCGCCCCUUCCGAGUGAUGACGUCUGGCGCCGCUAUACCGACCCCAAAACCGGCGAUAUCAAUAUCGGUUUGCUUUACUCUAGAUAUUUGGAACGCUAUUUUUUACGAAUAGGUGAAAAGUUUGUUCACAAAAAUUCGACUCAAUUCAAAAGGAUCUCCAUUAUUCAGGCUUAUAUACUUAUACAUUUUACUGAUUCCUCGAAAAUUCCGUCUCUGCUAGAGUGGUCGGAAAAGCUAGGAGCCCUUAAUAAGGAGGAGUUGAGUAACAGGGCUCGUCCGGAAGAUACCAUAUCCAUCGCAUUAAAUGAAGAAAACUUUCAUCUUAAGUCCUACGGAAGGAAACAAAUAGAGAACGUAGUUUCGAAUAUGUCACUUGAAGAACAGAAGUGUGUGUUUAAUUACGUCACGGAACAUGGGAAUGAACUCUUUAAGAAGAUGUGUGACCAUUUGUUGUUUGCUGCUCAAGUUAUGCUGGCAGUUAACUCUAUGCCGGAUAUAAAAGCUAUCCAAAAGCCGUCUCUCGUGUAUUUCUUCGAAAAACGGAUGCGCCACAUUAUUAAACAAAACGGAUCGUGGUUCCCUUGUACCCACAAGUUAAUUACCGAAUACUCGCAGCUUUCAUCCGAAGAACAGAAAAAGUACUACUGUUUUAAUAUGCACAUGGAGAAGCGCAGUUUAAGUGCUUCACAUUUGUAUAUUCGCUAUUGCAAUCGUGAUUACGGCAUCGGGCGCAGCGAGGCCACUCGCCGUUAUUUCAAUCUUUCAGACCUCCAACACGCAGCGUUAAACUUCCCGUUUUACUACCCUAUUACACCCAAAAGUGCCACUAGCAUUGCAUUUCGCAAGUUCUACAUUGAGAUGUGCAUGCAGCUUGGGUUUCAUAAAAAAAUAUACAUUAACUCCCUGGGAAACCGUUACCUUGAGUCCUCCAUGAGGAUCAAAUGGAAGCAGUUGGAUCCCUCAGAACGGAAGAAGUAUUAUGAGCCGGAUACCGUUGGACUCACUUUUCCACUGCAGCCGUUGCCCUCGGAUGGGCUGAGCGGGGAGGAUUUCAUCAGCGCGGGGACGUCUCCGACAGAUGUCAAGAGGGUUUCCGCGGAUGGGUCCACCAAUACGGCGGAGGCAGUCAAAUCCACCCCAUCCUCCGAGAUACCUUAUCAAUCGGAUCUAAACGACGGGUUUAAGGCUGAUGGACCGCAGAACGCUUUGGAUCCCCACUUGUCCGUGUAUGUCGAUCCUAGCAUGACGGAAACUCAGAAGAUCGCUACGACAGUUGGGGUAAGAAUACCCGUGGCGGAUCCCUAUAGAAAUAAUGCAACCAAGAUCAUGCCAACUAUGGUAAUAAUAUAA